CGUCCGAAUAUGCCUUGCUUUGGCGCCCCACCCCCUUUACUCCGCCCACACCCACCUAUUCCGCUAUUCGAUCUCUCGUUCGACCUCGUCUCUCUUCCCCUUCUGCUUUGCCUUUUCCCCUUCCUCUCUCCCCUGUCCCCCCUCCGUCCCAGCCGAGCGAGAAAGCGAAGGGGCCAAAAAAGCCGCACCGGCUUCCUUCCCCCACCCGAAGAGAUGGAACUGUUCUACGAACUGCUCCUCACGGCGGCGGUCACCCUCCUCGCUGCCCUCCUGCUCGCCACGCUCUUCGCAGCCAAUGAUUCCCAUCGCCGGACCGAUCGCGCCGCAGCCGCGAUCGCCGAGGAGGUGGCGGAGGAGGAGAGGAUCAUCGAGGUCGACGAGGUGAUGCGUAGCGAAGGGAUGGCGGCGGUGGCGCCGUCGGAGGCGGAUGGGUGGGUUGAGGCGGAGAAGGCGCCGGCGGUGGUCGUCGCGGAGGUGAAGGAGCCGGAGAGCUUGCCCGAGGAGGAGGGGGUUCCCGUGAAGGCUGUUCGGGAGGUGCGCCUUGCUGCGGAAGUGGAGGAGGGGGAGGACGGUGGUGGCGGCGUGAAGCGGCCUGAUUUGACCUCCGCAACUGUUGUGGCGGCGGUGGGUGCUGAAGCGAGCCAGCUGGUGUCGGGCGCUGAGGUUGUGCCUAAGGAGGUUUCUGGUGCGGCAGGGUUGGAGGAACGAACCGUGCAGGAUGUUGUGGUGAACCAGUAUGAUCUGGGUGCUGAGGUUGCUCUUGUUCCCGUUGAAGUUCUCGAAGCAGGACCGGACAAGCAGGGAGUAGAAGUUGUUGGAGUUGCGCAAGUGCCUCCCUUGGAAACAGAAGCUGCUGAAGUGAAACAGCACCAUCUCGUUGCCGAAGCGGCUCCUGCUGAAGAUGUUCUUGACGUGGGAUUAGUGGACAAGAGUGUACGAGCUAUCGAAGUGAGGCCCAACGAAUUGGAUUCCGAGACUGUUCUUGAAGAGAUUCUUGAUGCGGUAUUGGAGGAGGAGGAGCAAGUAGAGCAUGAAUUGCCUGCUGGGGCUGCUCCACAACCAGUUCUCGAUGUGCCAUUGGCAGGGAAGGGAGAGCUUAAACAUCAUCAGCCCGUUGAAGAAGCUGCCGAGGUACACGAGGAUGUGCAGUGCAAGCAGGAAGCUGAGUGUGAGGCCCAAACAGUUGAUCAACAACAAGAACUGGUUCCUGAAGAGGAGUCGGUCGCAGGAAAAAAUGAUGAUGUGAAUGUUAUCCAUGAAUGUAGCUUCAGUGAUGAAGUGGUUACCGAAUUGCCUGUGGGGGAAGUGACAUCGCAAGGGCUGCCGAAGGAUGACCCUGAGGCAGACAUGGAGUUUGAGGAGUGGGAAGGGAUCGAGAGGAGUGAAGUGGAGAAGAGGUUUGGUGCGGCUGCAGCAUUUGCUGCUAGUGGGGCUGGGGCGGCUGCCCUGUCAAAGCUCGAUAGUGAUGUGCAGCUGCAGCUUCAAGGUCUCCUCAAGGUUGCCAUUGACGGUCCCUGUUAUGACUCAGCGCAGCCACUUACACUGAGACCCUCAUCUCGUGCAAAAUGGAGAUCUGGUACAGUUUAAGUAACAGGGCAUCAAAUUCUUCAAUACUGUUAGUAUUUUUUUUUUCUAGCUCAGAGAUCACCUGUAGGCUUGCUUGUUAAUGACUCUGCUUGGAAGGCCAAAAGACACCUUUGCACUAGCUGCAGCAUCGUCUCGGCUAUUUGCGUAGAGUGGUAGACCAAUGUGAACUGCACAUCAGGCUCUGACUUUCUGCUUAUAAGCCACCAGAUGCUAAGCUGACGAGACAAGUUCAAAUCAUUGAGGCUUACUGAAGUAAAUGUCAAUUGAUCUGUUUCCCUUGCUGAUAAAUCAUGUUUACUGAAGUAAGCCUGAAAUGAAUAAGUGCAAUAUCUUUUUGGUCUGAAGGACUUGCAUUUCGGAGUAUUAUUGACUAUUGAUUUCAUCAGAUCUGAGGUUUAUGCCAGUAUGAAAGCUGUGAUAUGUAUAGUUUGACAUGAUAGGCUUAUGUGGCGUCUAUGUUUAAGAGCUUGGGGUAUUUGGCUGGAAUAGAUUUAUGACAAUUCUGCACUACAAGUUUUGACGCAGCCUCUCUGCAAAAUGCAGGAGUAAGGCUUGCAUCGGUUAUUCCUUGCUGAGACCCCACUCUUGUAGGAGCCGUUAGCAUUGGGUCUGUCCUGCACUACAAGUUUUGGGUUUUCUCUUUUCUUAUUGGUUCUUGAAAUUGGGUUAAUUAACUUGAGAGAAGCAUAUAACUCCUUUACAGAAGAGCAAAGGAAACAUAUAAUGUUAGAACUAUAUAUGCCUUGCCUCCUUUGUGUCAAAGAGAAUAUUGCACUUCUCUGCUUGAGACAACAAGAAUCCAUCGUUCCUUCUCAAAUUUGGUCAUGGUAGUACUAGUACCUUUUAAAUUUUGGAUCCUUAUGCCUUAAAAAUAUUUGUCCAUGAUGCUGCAUGGUUCAUAGGAUGAUGUUUUGAAUUUUGGAAUAUACUCCGAAUGAAGGCAAGUGUAAUGAAUAAAAUGUAAAAACAAAAAUAUAGAAGUCAAAAACAUGUAGCUGGAUCUGGUGCAAUGAUUGAGUGAAGUUACAAUCCUGAAUCAACUGAAUUGUGUUUCUUUGUUUAGUAAUUUAGUUUAGGCAUAAUUGACAGCAACUAGUCACUGCCAACCUCUGUCUGAGCAAGUUUUGCCCUAUAAGUUGUUGGGUGGGGGGGGGAUUGCCCCUAUACGAGUUUGCAUAUAAUAGGUAACCAAGGUAAAGCCAGCCUCCUAUCUGGCAGUUGCCCUCAGGAGUCUUGUUUGUCCAUAAACAUGCUUCUUUAUAUUGAGCUUGCAAUGUACUGAUGUGACACACUCCAUUUCAAGAUAGGGUUGUUGUGGUAUUGCCAUAGCUUUUGUCUGCUUGAAUUUUGAGGCCACUUUAGAUAAUAUCUUGUGCCCAGUGUUAUUAAAACUACGUUUAAACUUCAAAACUCUAAUUAGAGGUUGAAACCGUAUUUUGAUGUUCUAAACUAUAAAACACAGUGUUUCAUGUGUUUUAGACCAUUUGCUACUUUUGGGCCCAGUCUGAUAGUUACUUUUGGGUCCAAUCCGGCUCAUGGGUGAAGUUUUGGUAAGCCACUAACCUCUUUGUUUUGGUAUUUAACUUCAUGUUAUUGUCUGAAAUUAUGAUAGAUUGGUAUUUUUUCUAUGUUGUUUAAAACUACGUUUAAACUUUGUUUAAACGUUUAAAAGUCAAAACUUCACCAAUGAGCGUUUCAACGUUUUAUCGUUUUAAUAACCUUGCCUGUGCCAAUUUGUUGUGCAUGAGAGCAUUAUGCUAUGCUUUAUCGAGCUAAUGAUCAGUUUAUGAGCAAUCUGUACAGUACCAUAUUUUUUGUGCCAAAUAUAGCAUGGUAUUUAGAGGGGGGGGGGGAAUAAGAGCAUCUUGGUCAAAGGAACCACUAACUGUUGGGUUGCCUUCAGAGUUUAGAAUGGAUUGUUGUUGUGACGUGUCAGCAAAUGAAUAAUUCUAGCAAUUUCUGCUAUGAGGCAGCGAGCAGGAGCAACAAGCAUAGAAAGAUUCACUAAUAUAGUAAUAUGUUUUGCACGUGGACACCAUUACAACUCAUCUUAUUUCCCAUUCUUAUUUUAAUUGGAUCAGUUAAUUGGGCUGCAACCAACCUGCUGUAUACAUCUAACUACCGAAGUUAUCCCAGAAUAAUAUAUGUGCUAUAAAAUAUGGAGUGAUGUUCAGAAGUAUUGAAUAAAAAAUUCAACAUAUCUAACUGACUUACAUGAUGUAACAUGACAGAUAUCUUGCGACUAUUUCUGCUAGACUGAUGUGUAUCUCUGUAU